AUGUUAUCGGUAAAAGAUAAUUAUAUUCGAAUUAUUUCUACGACUUCUCGUUUACCACGAGAUGGAGAAGAAGACGGUAAAGAUUAUUUUUUUAUAAAAGAAGAAAAGUUUAAAGAGAAAUUAUUAAAUGGAGAUUUUUUAGAAUAUACAACAUAUAAUAAAAAUUUUUAUGGAAUCGAACAAAGAUCAAUAGAUAAUAUUUUAAUUAAAGAAAAGAAAAAUGGAAUAUUAAUUGUUGAUGUAGAAGGUAUGAAACAGGUUAAAAAAUAUUGUAAAAGCAAAAAUAUUAAAAUGGUUUCAUAUUGGUUUCAAACAAGUUUAAGUCAAAUAAUUAAUUAUAUGAAAAAGCGUGGAACUAAUAAUGAAGAAAUAAUUGAACGUUUAAUUAAAUUUGACAUUGAAAAUAAAUAUAAAGAUUUAUAUGAUCAUAUUUUAGUAAUUGAAGAUAAUGAAUUAAAUAAAGUUGUAGAAAAAAUUCAAUUUGAUAUUCCUGAAUUAGUUAAAAUUCAAGAAUAUAUACCGAUCGCACAAACUACUUACGAAAGAGAUUUAGAACAAAAAAAUCUUGAAUUAGAAACUUUAUUAAUAGAAAAAGAAAAUGAAAUUCAAAAAUUCAAAGAAAAAGAAAUUGAAAUCCAGAAAAAAUAUCAAGUAAAACGUAAAUUUAUAAAUGAUGAUACUGAAAUUAACAAAAAAUUAAAAAUUGAUUAUGUAAUGAAAUGGAAAUAG